ACUUGCGGCCACACUGGAGACAGCUCUACUAACCAUUUUAUUUUAGUUAAUAAAAUACAUAUAUUUCCUCUUUUUUUCGUUGUGCGCGUACGAAAAAGUGAAAAAAGACAUUCACGCGUCCGUUUGCAAGUACAAUAUCGGGCUUGCUCGCUGUUUAAAGACUACGAUUUGAUACGAAAUUUCACACAUAUAGCUUGCUCAGUUCCAAUUUUUUUUUUUUGUCGUUCGUCGUUUGGCCCUCCUACAAAAUAGUAAAAACGCCAACCUUGAGAAAAACACCCAGCACAGCAGUUUCCAACAGUUUCACUGCUCUCGCUCUCGUUGUUUCGUGUUUCUUUUCAUUUUUUUUUCGUCGGGAAACGAGAUCGUCUGCCUUAUUAUAUAUAUAAAAUUUAUAUAUAUAUAUAAAUAAACCAAUAACAACAACAAUAUAUAAAUAUAUAUAUAAUUCGUAAAGGAAAAGCAAUAACAACAAACAACAAAAACGAACCAACAAAUCUUACAACUUCUUCAAUUUUCCACAUCUCCGAAUUAAUCGAAUUCGAAGUCGCAUUCGAUAUUGAAAACCCCCCGAAGAGGAGGAACCCAAGAAGAAGAAGAAGAAGACACGAGGAGAGAGACAACACAACAGGCGGAGGAGUGAUCUUCACUAUUCAACCGACAACAUGGACAAGAUGCGGCUGCUUAAGGACGUCCGCUCCGAGAUAAUUAUCGGCGGCAAAUAUCGGGUGAUACGCAAGAUCGGCAGCGGCUCGUUCGGCGACAUCUAUCUGGGCAUGAGCAUUCAGACCGGCGAGCAGGUGGCCAUCAAGAUGGAGAGCGCCAGCGCACGCCAUCCGCAGUUGCUGUACGAGGCGAAACUGUAUCGCAUAUUGAGCGGUGGCGUUGGCUUCCCCCGCAUCCGUCAUCACGGCAAGGAGCGCAACUUUAAUACGCUGGUGAUGGAUUUGUUGGGACCGUCGCUGGAGGAUUUGUUCAACUUUUGUACGCGCCACUUUACGAUCAAGACGGUGCUGAUGCUGGUCGAUCAGAUGAUCGGACGCCUUGAGUACAUACAUUUGAAGUGCUUCAUUCAUCGUGAUAUUAAGCCCGAUAACUUUCUCAUGGGCAUUGGUCGGCACUGCAACAAGCUCUUCUUGAUCGAUUUCGGACUCGCAAAGAAGUUCCGUGAUCCCCAGUCGCGUGUUCACAUUUUGUAUCGCGAGGACAAGAACUUGACGGGCACCGCACGCUAUGCGUCGAUCAACGCUCAUCUGGGCAUCGAGCAGUCGCGUCGCGACGAUAUGGAAUCGCUCGGCUAUGUUAUGAUGUAUUUCAAUCGGGGUGUGCUGCCCUGGCAGGGCAUGAAGGCGAACACAAAGCAGCAGAAAUAUGAAAAGAUUAGCGAGAAAAAGAUGUCAACGCCCAUCGAGGUGCUGUGCAAGGGUUCGCCAGCUGAAUUCUCCAUGUACUUGAACUAUUGUCGUAGCUUGCGCUUUGAGGAACAGCCCGACUACAUGUACCUACGUCAAUUGUUCCGCAUUUUGUUCCGAACGCUGAACCAUCAAUAUGAUUACAUCUACGACUGGACAAUGCUGAAGCAGAAGACCCAUCAGGAUCAGGCGAAUCCUGCUCAUCUCUUGGAGCAGCUGGAGCCGCGCAACGAUCGCGACAAGGAGAAAGAGAAACCGACCAUCAAGCCGCUGCUCACAGAUUAAAGCAGAUGCGUGAGAUGAUGAUGAUGAAGAGAUGCAGCAGCAGAUGAUUAAGAGAUGAGAUGAGAUAAGAUGUAGGAGAGCAGCUCUCAAAAAGAAAAAAAACACACAACAGAAUCGGAGCAGAGUAGAGCGAGAGGGAGGGACAUGCCGAAAGAGAUAGAGAGAGAGGGAGAAAGAUGGAAAGUUAGGAUGUUUCUUAAUAUUAAUUUAAAUUCAAUACUAAACAUAUAAGGAACAAACAAGCAAGCAAGCAAACAACAACAACAACAAAACAAUAUAUCUAAAUGGAAUUCACCACAACAACUUCAAACAUACACACACACAACACUCACACACACACAUAUACACACGCCGAACAUAGCAACAGCUAAACUUAGCAUAAUAAUAAUAAAGUGAGAGAAUCGCUGCAGCCUGGAGAAAUGAUGCUGCAGAAGAAGAAGAAGCAACAAACAAUUAUGAUAAAAAGCAGCAUCAACAACAGCAACAACAAAGUAUAUAUAUACACGCAUAUAUAUAUGUAUAACAAUAAUAUUAAUAUUAAUAAUAACACAUAAAUGCAAAUUAUAUAUGUAUAUAACAACAACAACAACAACUACAUAUAUACACAAACAACAAUUUGUCUCUCGUGUGUGUAUAUUUGCAUAUACAUAUAUAAAUAUAUAACUAAAUAUCUAUAUAUAUAUAUAUAUCGCCGUAUAUAUAUAUACAUAUAUAUAUUUUGAAUUGAUUCAUAUAAAAUGCGAAACAUUAAUACAACAAACAAACAAACAAAACAAAAACAAUGCAUAUGCAAAUGCAAUAAAAAAAUAAAAUAACUAAUUAAAAUUGAAAUAAGCAAAAAAAAAAAA